AUGACUAAUUUGAAAUUAUUCUACCUUACUGCAUAUCAAAAUGUCAUUAUUGUAUGUGUAUUCUUACUCCUAUUAGAUUAAAACAGAAUUGCCCCAAAUUACAACUUAAUUGAAGAUUCAUCGCAAUUCUUAGAUAAUUGAAGAGUGCCCCAAAAAUCAGAAUGUCAACGAGAAACUCAAGGGCGACAAAAGGGUCUCCUACAUUUUAGGGAUAUUCAAAACGUUUAAUAAGUCAUUUCUAGUAUUGGUUGAAGAAUGCACUAAAGCUGCAACAAUUAAGGAAUAAAUCAUUUAUCACAUAGAUUAAGUCUCGUAUUACGCGAUUGAAGUAUUAUUAUUAUUGAUUCCAGGAACAAAACACUCAGAACAAAGAUAUCUUGGAGAGUCUCGGAAAUUAGAAGAAAUUGUUAUAAUAAGGAUUCUAUUUUUCUAUCAAUGGCGACAUCACCCUUGCUAGACAUUUUAACAAAUUUGAAAAUAGUUUUGUCUGGAAUCAGAAAUUGUUAAGUGGGUUUAGAGAAAAUAAGAUCUCCUCUCAUUGGUAAUUCCCUAUGAUUUAAGGGUAUGUAGAAUAAAUAGAAUCAUAUAUAGACAAAUAAUUAGUGACGGUGGUUUUGAUUUCUAGAAGAAGCAGAUUUAUGGGUGGCACACGAUACUACUCAAGAGGAAUCAAUGAUGAUGGACAUGUGGCUAAUUUCAUUGAAACUGAACAGAUUCUCAUUAAAGGAGACACUAUAAUUAGCUUUGUUGCUAUUCGAGGUUCAGUGCCCAUCUUCUGGAAUCAAGAUGGAGUCUCAAGUAUCAAAUUGACCAGAUCAAAAGAACUCACAUCCGCUGCUUUUGUCAAACACUUUAACUUACUCAGAAGAUAUGGUAAAAUAUUUUGUGUUAACCUAAUGCAAAAUAACAGAUCAAUCGAAUAAUUGUUAACUGAGAACUUCUACUAUUAGUUUUAGCAAACUUAAUUAGAUCAUGUUAAAUACUAGUAGAUUGAUUUUCAUGCUCAUGUUAAGAAUGGCAAAUCUACAGGACUUAAUCUAUAUAUUUAAUAGUUUGAAAAAACACUUGAAUUAUUUUCAUACUAUCACGAAAAGGACAACCAAAUCUAAUCAGCAUAAUAGGGUGUAUUCAGAAUCAAUUGUCUCGAUUGUUUGGAUAGGACUAAUUUGUUUAUGAGCAAACUGUUUUUGUUUAGUUUGAAUUAGACUUUGAAAAAUCUCAAUUUAUAAUUGAACAAUAUUGAUAAUAGUGGUAUUUUAAAUUAAUUUGAUGAAUCAAACAAAAAGCUAUUGCAUGAUCUCAUUAUCAAAUAUAAGAACAUGUGGGCUAACAAUGGCGAUCAAUUGAGUUUCUUAUAUUCCGGAUCAGGAAGUACCAUAUCAGAAAUGGCAAGAGAAGGCAAAAGGGGAUUUAUGGGCAUGCUUAAAGAUGGAUACAAUAAUAUAGAAAGGUUUUAUAAUCGCCAAUUCGAAGAUGACACCAAAUAAAACACAAUCAAUCAAUUGCUAAUAGGAUCAGAUGCCAAUACACAUUUUGAUAAUUGGAUCAUUGAAUAGGAAAAAUAGUACUGUGUAAAUCACUAGAUUUCUGUGCUUUUAGUAACUUGGAAUGUUGGAGGAAAUCACCCUACAACAACUGACUUUUCAAAUAAUAUCCUAAGUUUCCAAGAUAAUCAAUUAUCCAAUCCAGAUAUCAUAGUUUUUGGACUCUAAGAAAUUGUCGAUUUAAAUCCACAAAAUAUUGUUAUAAUGAGUAACGAAAAAACUAUUUAAUUGUGGAAUAACUUAUUUCAACAAAAUCUAGAAAAAUUAGAGUCUUAUGCUAAAAUUGCCGAAUCUGAUUUGGUAGGUCUAUAUACUUCUAUCUUUGUUAAAACAUCUCAAAUUUCAAGAGUAACCAAAAUUGAAACUGAUGUAGUCAAAACUGGAUUAAGAGGAACUCUGGGGAACAAAGGAAGUGUACUUGUUAAAUUCAAGUUUGAUGAUUCAUUAGUAUAAUUAUUGUUCAUAUUGUUUAGAUUGGAUUCAAUUGCUGUCAUCUGACUUCUGGCAAUAAAAAGAAUCAGUAUAGAUUAUCAGACAUAGAAGAAAUUCACUCUAAAGCAUUUCAAAAUUCUAAAUAUAAAACCAAUUUGAAUAAUUUAGAUUAUUCAUUCUUUUUUGGAGAUAUGAAUUUCAGAAUUGACCUGCCAUAUCAGGACACUGUUGAUAAAAUUAAAUCAUAUUAAUCCUACAUUUCAAAAGAUAAAAAUCAUAUUUAAGCUAAACAAAUUUUAAGUUAUUUGAUUAACUAAGAUCAAUUAAUUAAAUGCAAAGCAUAAAAUCAAUAUCUGCAAUAAUAUUAAGAAGGUCUGAUAGACUUUUUGCCAUCCUAUAAAUAUGAUAAAAAUAGUUAGACUUAUGAUACUUCCAAAAAGUAAAGGACACCCUCUUGGUGUGAUAGAAUUUUGGCCAAACAUAAAGAAGAAACUAAACUUGAAUAAAAAUUCUACAGAAGAAACGAAUGUUUAGACAGCGAUCAUCGACCUGUGUCAAGUUAUUAUGUGAUCGAUGUUAAGAAAAUUGAUAAAGAUAAAUUAAAUUAAGUGAAAGCAUAAUAUUGUCUCUCAUUAAUGUAGAACUCAAAAUCAAAUUCAUAAAUUUCUAAAGAAACACCAAAACCACAAUAAUAACAACAACAACAAUAAUACAAUUAUUAAGACUAAUAGGAGGAAAUUGAAAACAUUAAUUUCUAACAGUAAUCUGAAAAUUAACAAAUUGGUAUUUAAUAAUAAUAAAUACAACAACAACAAGCUUAGUAAUAAUAAUUGGAGAAUACUUAAGUUUAAUAGAACUAGGAUCAGACAAUUUAGAAUGAAUUAGAAUAAAUUACAAAAGAGUAACAACUAUGAUUUUGAAACAUCAUAAUUUAUUUAUUUUACCCAUCAAUUUUAUAUUCUUCAAUUAAAGUUUGUUUAAUUUUCCUUUCAAACAAGUCAGGGUUAUUUGAUAUUCAAUCUAAUACAUUUAUAUAAUUGGCAUAAUUCAAAAAUAAAAUUGUUUAUUUGCUUAUUCCUUAAUCACUUAAACAACAAUAUAAGAAGAUUCUGUAGUAAUUACUCCUCAAGACUUCAGGUUCAUUUGAAAUUUUGAUUGAUGUUUAUAUAAUAAAUUAAGUAAUAAUUUAUUAUUAAAACUACGUAUGACUUAGGUCUCUCAAGAAUAUAAUUUAGAAUAUUUGGGUAGGUAAAUGAUUCAUUAACUUAAGACAAGGCUUCAGACAUUACCAAAGUGUAAAUUUAGUAAUAAAGACAAUUAAUUACAAUCAUAAGUGUCAAUGAUAAGGAUGCAAGGGACAUAAUAUAUUAUCUUUAAGAUAGACAAACCAUUGAUUUAUCAUAAAUAUCCCUUAAGAAAAGAAUUAAAGAAUUGAUAUUGAGUAUACCAAAAGUUUCCAAUCCAAAUUCAACAUUUAGACUUAUUUGGGAAUUAAUAAGCAUGAUUUUCAUUUUUGUCCAAAUGAUUUAAAUUCCAUUAGUUUUAACAUAUUCAGUAGAGUUAAGCUACGGGUUCUAGAUAUUUAAUUAAUUAAUGGAUGUAUUUUUUUAUAUAGAUAUGACUUUGAAUUUUAAAUUUGCUUAUUAUUAUAGGUACUCCUAUUUGCAUAUGUUAGAGGUGAAAUUAUUUAUGAUAGAAAGAAAAUUGCGAUUAAUUAUUUAAAGUUAUGGUUUUGGUUAGAUUUUUUAGCAGUUUUGCCUUACGAUCAAAUGUUCAACGCUGAAGAUUCUCAAGCAUAAUUAAUCAAAAUAGUGAGACUGUUUAAGUUUAUAAAAAUUGUGAGAUUAUUAAGAGUACUUAAGAUCAGUAAAAUACUUUAAAAAUUAGAAGGUAAAUCCAUUUAUUAAAUAUUGAUAGAAUCUGUAACAUUGGCCUAGUCAUUUUAAGAAGUGAUAUAGUUUUUAAAGAUAGCAUGCUUAAUUUUAAGUAUUGCUCAUUGGAUUGCUUGUAUUUGGAAUAUCAUUGAAUACACUGAUGAAUAAGUUAAUUUAACAUGGAUGCACAAAUACGGCAUAGACAAUGCAGAUUGGGAAAUCAAAUACAUUUCUGCCUUUUAUUUUAGUGUAACUACGAUGAUAACAGUUGGUUAUGGAGAUAUCAAUGCCAAUACACAAAUCGAAAUGAUAUUUGCUAUAUUUGCUAUGGUUUUGGCAUCAGCAAUAUUUGGUUAUAGCAUGUCAAGUUUUAUGCUCAUAAUAGAGGGGGAAGAUGAAAAAAUCUAAGAGUAGAGGAUUCAGAACUCUAAAAUCAUUAGGUAUAUAACUAAUAAUAAACUAAUAGAUACAUCAAAUAGAAAAGUAUACCAAAGGAAUUGUAAAGCAGAGUUAAAAAUUAUCUAGAGUGGUUGGCAGGAUCCGCUCAAAUUGCUAGAAAUUAUGAGUAAUAUGUUUUAAGAAGUCUAUCUGCCAAUCUGAAAACAGAAAUCAUUUGUCUAAUGAAUGGAAGAAUUCUGCAUAAAGUUUAACUCUUUAGUAAAGAAUUCUCACCUUAAUUAAUUAACAAACUUGUUUAUGUUUUAAAUGAAUAGAUUUUAGGACCUGAAGAAUAUAUAUUUAAGGAAAAUUCAUUUGAUAAUGAUAAGAUAUUUUUUAUCUAAAAUGGUUAAAUUAAUAUCUGUAUCACUUAAAAGGAAACACUAUUAAAGACGUUGUAAAAAGGAGACUACUUUGGUGAAAUAGGUUUCUUUGGGAGAAAACCAAGAAGUGCUUCUGCAAAAUCAAUUGAUUUUGUUAAUGUUAUGAGUUUAAAUAGGAUUGAUUUAUGGGAGGCAGCAAAACCUCUUGAGAGCGAUUUAUUGAAGCUUUAUUUUAUGAAAGAUUGUCUUGAGGUUGAAAAUAAUCUCAAACCAUUAAAAUUAAGGUGUUACAUUUGCGAUAGACCUCAUCAUAUAGCCAAAAAUUGCACUGUCUUUCAUUACAGAGUAAGCAGAAAAAAUAUCAUCCUAGAGUAUUUUAAUCAUGAAAAUACGAGAUUAAGUUAAGAUAGAAAAAUUAAUAAAAAAGUUAAAGUGAAUAUACGCAAAAUAUAAGAAUCUGCUCUUAAAUAUUAAAAUAGUUAAAAUAGAUGUGAAAAGCAAAUUAAAAUUAUAUAGAAUGAUUAUAUUAUUUAAGAUGUAAAAAUCGCCUUCGAUAUUGAUAAACAAAAAGAAUACUCAGAUUUCUUUAAUGAAUUUAAUAUUACUAAUGUUGCAAAAAAUAUUAAUUUCUUUGCUGAAAUUAUCCUAGCUGAAAUUGAAGAAAAGAAAAAAUUGAAAUCUCAAUCUAGACAAACUCAAAAACGACUCAAAAAUUAAACUAUUGCCCCUAGAUAAUCAAAAGCUACUAUUGGAAAUAUGGAAAAUAUACUAAAUAACAAAUCAUUAGAGAACUCAUCCUGUUUGUCUUCCGAAAAUUCAAUACGGUGUGUUGAUAGACUCAAAAGUAAAUCCAAAAGACUACUUGAUCUGUAAUCUUAAUAUCAGUAUGUAAAGAUUAUGUAUUCUAAAAUAGUUUUGCAAGAAGAUCUUUAACAAAUACUACUCCGAAAUUAUUUGAAUUCAAUAAUCAUACUAAUCUUGCAAAUAAGAUAAAAAAUCCUAAACAUAAUAGAGUAUCGUCAGUAACUAGAUUUACCAAAAAUUUUAAAGCUGAAUUAUAUGUUUUAAAGUAGGAAACCUUCAUGAGCAAAUUCAUCCCUCAAUUAUUGUACAACACAAAAUUCAACUAAUUCAAAAAUUGA